AUGUCCCAGCCACGCUCAGCAGUCCAUAUCCCUCAACCCCCUCCAGUCCUGGACAACGUCCAGCUCCACGAGAUCCAGCUUCCUCUCCCCGCAGCACCUGAAGCAUGGCACCGACACGGCAAGCCUCAACCCUGCACCGCAAGUCUCAAAAUCUCCUACUCCUCCGCCAUCGCCUCAGCCGCAACAGAUGACGUCUCCCUCUCCAUUGACUACGGAAAACUCUUCCGACGCCUAGAAACCGACGUCCACAACAUUGGCCAGACCCCCUCUUCACCCGAGCACCCGCAUCAUCGAUUGGUCAGUCUGGAAGGUACUCGCCGUGAGGAAAUGAAGACCAGCGCUGCAGGCCAAGAUCCCCGUGUAACGGCUGGAAUUAUCGCUACAGCUGGUCUUGGUCUCCUGGAUGAAACUGCUGCGGGCGUGCGCCGCAUGGCGCAUGUGCGUAGGAGUCCCCGGAAUAGCUUCUCGGGUGUUUCUGAUGUUGGGGCGUCGGCUACUUAUCCCAUUGAGGCGGAUUAUGGACGGUGUGAGGUUUGGUUGCAUCUGCCCAAGGCGUUGCUGAGAGCUGAGGAGGGUCUGCGGUAUCGGAGUGUUACGGUUUGGGGGUACGAGGGUGCCGAGGGAGCGGGAAGAUGCCCUGUUGUUUUGGAGGAAGAGUUCCGCAUUAAUGGGAUUCGGUGCUACUGUAUUUUGGGUGUAAACCCCCACGAGCGAGUUGAGAAGCAGUCUGUUAUUGUCUCGCUUUCGUUUACUGGCCCUGGACAGUUGGCUUGGGGAUCAACUGUUGUUGAUAGCUACCAGGCUAUGACUAGGGCUGUUGCUGAGAAAGUUGAUGAGACCACUUUCCAGACUGUGGAGGCCUUAGCUACCUUUAUUGCUCACAUUGUGACUGUGGACUUUGGUAACGAGCGGGUGACAGUGAAGGUUGAGAAGCCAAGUGCAUUGGCAUUUGUGCAGAGAUCAGGAGUCGAGAUCACCCGAUCCCAAGCAUUCUUCGCUACCCACGAGGUGGCCCGGCGUUAA